CAGUGAAAAUGAAAGAAAUUGGACGGAGUUAAAUGUUUACAAGUCGUUAUAAAAAUUCUUGAAGGGUUUAACGUCAAGCAAAGCGAAGCAACUUUGAGGAAGAUUUCAAGCAAAGAUAAUGAAGAGGUAAAAACAGAAGGAAAAUGAGUAGGAAGUGUAGGAUUUGGUGGCCGAAGCAGCUCUCUUCAACCCAACAACUUUCUUCCAAUCUUCUUUUUGGCUGGUUCGUAUCUUGCUCUUCGGAUUCUCUUGACAUUGUGGUCGCUUUUGCUUCGAAUCACGAGUCAUCUGCCAAUCGGCAAUCUCCUCUCCAGGAGAUCCUCCAUUCUAUUAAUGGUAAUAUGCAUGAAUCUCUUCAAGAUAAAUCGAAGUUUUCUUUGUUGGGUCAGUAUAGAGCUUGUCUCAGCAGUGGCCAUGUGUUUUGCAAUGGAGUGGAAGAGGAUGAUCUGAGAAAGUCCUCUGCUCACCACUUAGAUGGAAUCAGCAGAUGUUGUGGACAAUGGAGCUGUGGAUGCAUCAAACUUGAUAGCUUAUUAGACGAGUGUAAACAGAUGUCUAUGGAAAGCGAUUACUGGAUUGAGCUGGCAUAUGAUUCUCUUCAUGUUCAGGCCAGGGAUAUUCAUUGGAUUCCUAAAUUGCAUCGUAUUCGUUGGAAUGGGGAAACAGUGUCUCGAUGUGAUGUCCAUGUUAUAGUCUAUGAAACUCCAACAUAUGGUAAGCACCAUUUUUCAUUGAGAUUCUGGAAUUCUUCUGAGCAUGGGAAAACUUCUCUUAAGAAGCCUCAGUGGGUUGAUGAACUUCACCAAAAGCAGCCUUUAAAUGACUUGGAUACUGUCAUUUUGGCAAUCAACAGUGCUGCUGCCGCUAAGAAAUUUUUUGAGAAACAUGAUGGCAAGAGAGCCAGUGCUAAUAUUCCUAUUAUUUGGAUGUUUUGUGCCUUCAUGUGGCAUUUAUUGGCCAUGUCAAUGGCAUCAUUGUCUACUCUUUUCUAUAUUUUUCUUCAGUUUUCUCAUUGUUUUUUGAAUUUUGGACCACAAUCAUGGGUAUGUGCUGCGUCAGCAAAGGCAUUUAGCAAUACCUGGAUAAAUAUUCGAAUUCGUUGUUGUCAGAUCUUAUAUUGGCCUAUCUUUCUUCAGGACAAUGAUCUCAGGUCUCAAUCAAGCGUGGAAUGUGCAGAAAAAGUUGCAUUACAUAAGCAUUCCAUGUGGUCAAGUUUGGUUGUUGAUAUCCUUUUGGGAAACUUGAUUGGUUUGACACUCUUAUUUCACGCAGAAUCUGUCUGUUUGUGGGUUUCAAAGUUUGCCAGUGACUUUACAAAUGAGUUGCUGCGGUCGGGUUGUGUGUGGUUGAUGGGUGUCCCUGCCGGUUUCAAGUUGAACAUUGAAUUGGCUGGAGUUCUUGGCAUGAUAUCUCUUAAUACGAUUCAAAUUUGGUCUACCCUUUGGAUGUUUGCGGGUUCCCUCUUCAUUUAUUUCAUCAAAGGACUUGCUGUAUUGGCAAUUGUUUUUGGGGUGACAAUACCAGCUGCUUUGGUCAUAGACAUGAUUACGAUAGCAACAUUACAUGUGUCAACACUUCAUUGGUUAAUCUCAAUUCUCUAUUCACAGCAGUUACAUGCACUCGCAGCUUUGUGGCGUCUUUUCAGGGGACGAAAGUGGAAUCCUCUUCGUCAAAGAUUAGAUAGCUUUGACUACACUGUGAAACAACAUGUUGUUGGAUCUCUUUUA